AUGGAGAGAAAAGCCGUUCCGGUAUACCUUUUGGACCGCUAUGGAUCUUCUGCAGCAAGUAGCACCGCAGUGGACGAUAUGGCUGAAUUUUUGAAGUUUAUGAAUGAUCAAGAUCGAGAACUUGAUUCAGAAAGUCGCAUGUCAAUAGACACUCCACAUGAAAGUUCGAGUAGGACUACCAACAUAACACUUGUCAGGCAUGCCGACGUUUAUAUGUGUACACAACAGUAUCCGACGACAGGAGACACGUCGAGGGAAUACGUUCAACCAUUUGAUUUAUCACGAUAUCCCCAAAACGUUUUUGAACAAGAAACGAUGGAUACCUGUCAUACACCAGAUUUAUAUUUUUGUUUACUCCUCCACACAGUUCUGAAACUUUUUGUUAUCUUUGGAGAACAUGAUCGUGCUAGCGGUAAUGAGAUAAAUCCUACGACAGAAGAUAAAUUACCUUCAAGUUCAUCUCAAGUAAGUUUACCUCCCACGAUCCAUUACAAGAGAUGCUGUUUGUGGGAGUCUACAACAGAAGCAUGCGGUCCUGGAGAAAAGAUAAGACAUGGAUGGAAUAAAGACUGCAUUAGCGUUGAAGAACUGGAAAAAAACGACGUUACGGGUUAUAUGAGUUGGACUGGCGUUGUGAAGAAACCGGAAGAUGAUGAUGUAAUAAUGAACGAAAAAAAUUUAAUAUUAAAUCGUUUAUCAAAAUAUAAUUUACUGAUCGACAAUUCGAUGGAAAUCUGCCCGAAGCAUCGGAACACAUAUGGUGUUGGAUGGAAUGAUCAAACUACUUGUCAUCAUCCACGUCAUGAUCCGAAGAAAUUUGCCGAGAAAAGUAACUGUCGGAGAGCCAAUUUGGCUUUAUGUUGCAACAUCGAAGGGUUUCCUGUUGGCGGAAGUAUAUGUUCAACCCAUCGGAAAAGUUCUAAACGUGCUCCGGAUGAUAUAUUAACUGAAGCAUCAGCGUUUUCAGUCGGCAGUAUCCGGAGCAAUUAUGUACCGGAUGGCGGACGUUCCCAAAUGAAUCGGAUACUUAACGAGAGUGGAAUUAGUCCAGUAAAAUCACAAGCUAAAAUGCAACUUGAAGCACAAUCAGCCGGUAGCAUUCAAAGAAUGGUGGCCAAGUUACGUCAAGGUGUCCGUAAUUUUGGAGAAAAACUUGCAGAUACGAUAGCCCCAGGCCAAGGUAUACAACUGUUAAAAUUACCAAAAUUAGAUAAUGAUAAUGGUAAAAACGACAAUAAUCAAACUCACAUUAUAAUGAAUAAUGAAAUGGUGUCGAAUUUGAAAAAAGUUUAUGAUUUUUAUAUUAAUAAUAAUAUGCCAUUUAAUCGACAAUGCUCAUCAAAUGAAUGGACAAUAUCCAUUAUAUUACCCAUGUCGACAAUAAUUCUUCAAUUUCCUGUUGUUCAUGAGCAAAAUAAUGGGCUAAAUUUUCCAUGUGUUCAUUGUGGACAAUACAAUCUAUCACAAACAAAUGAUAUUAAAGAAGAAGAGAUGGAUAUUAAACAAGAAUAA